AUGAAUAGCGAAAACACAAUUGUGUACGUGAGGGUCGCUGGCCGAGCGCGCAAUGGCUUUGUAGAUCCUCUGAAGUUUUACUGGGAUUUAGAGAGGGAUAGGUCACUGUGGUCAAGCGUUUCAAAACUGGACAACACCAAGAAAACAAUCGACUGGAAGCGACUAAGCAGAGAGUUUAAGGCACCGGAGCAUUUUAUAAGGAAAAGGAGUUAUGCGCUGUUCGCGAAACACUUAAAGUUGCUAGAAAGGCAAAUCGAGGCGAAAACUAGGAGCUUAGCGGUUACUGAGGAUGAACUAAACUACACUGACGAAGACGACGAACGCAAUUCAAUAAGUCAUGGAGAAGACGACUUUGAAGCAGCAGAAGGUCUCAAAAACUUAAGGACUUCUAAGGUUUUGAAGCAGCGUGUGCCUGGCGAAGGCAGGAACGGAGAAUCAUCAUUGAGUGAACUAUCUAAUUUGAGUGUGAGCAAAUCUGCUUUAGAAGAAGCAUUAUUAGAUCGCUUGCAGCUUUAA